AUGUGCAACUUACGGGCUGAAUACUACAUAUCUCCCGCGGUUAUCCAAUGGUGGGAGGAGCGGGGACGGACGUGGGGACCCAUUGCAUCCGGAGCACUUUUCGGAGCUGGCUGGUGGUUCUGGGUUGACGCCGUCUGCAUCAGCCAUCACAAAGUUCCAUUUGAUCAGUACCUGCCAGGCAUCAUCGCGACGCUCGCACUCAUCAUGAUCAACUGCAUUCGUCGGGAUGACAUGAUCGAGUACGACCCCUUUGAUGACGCGACGUACUGCAGGUCUCGGCUGUGGCUGUUCUUGUCGUACAUCGUCUCCUUCGCAUCCAUCGUGGCGGCGGUGUGGGUCAUGCUUGCGCAUUACGCACACAAUCCCAACUUCUCCUCGGCGGAUAAAUGGCCUGGGGCG